AUGAGCGCAGGUCGGGACCCCGUGGUCAUCGUCUCGGCGGCAAGGACCGCCAUCGGCUCCUUCAAUGGUUCCUUAUCUACCGUUCCUGUCCAUGACCUGGGUGCAACGGUCAUCAAAGAAGUUCUGAAGAGGGCUAGUGUGGCUCCAGAAGAGGUGUCUGAGGUCAUAUUUGGACAUGUUUUAGCAGCAGGUUGUGGCCAGAAUCCCGUUCGACAAGCCAGUGUGGGGGCAGGAAUCCCUUACACUGUCCCAGCGUGGAGCUGCCAGAUGAUCUGUGGGUCAGGCCUGAAAGCUGUGUGCCUGGCAGCGCAGUCUGUAGGGACAGGAGACUCCAGCAUUGUCGUCGCAGGUGGUAUGGAAAACAUGAGCAAGGCUCCUCACUUGAUCCACUUGAGAACAGGAGUCAGGAUGGGCGAGACGCCUCUGCUUGACAGUAUACUCUGUGAUGGUCUCACCGAUGCUUUUCACAGCUAUCACAUGGGUGUUACAGCUGAAAACAUAGCCAAAAAAUGGCAAGUGAGUAGAGAAGAUCAAGACAAGAUUGCAGUUCGGUCUCAAAACAGGACAGAGAGUGCCCAGAAAGCUGGCCAUUUCGACAAAGAGAUCGUUCCAGUGUUUAUAUCUUCUAGAAAAGGUCUUACUGAAGUCAAAACAGAUGAGUUUCCUCGACAUGGGAGCACCAUGGAAGCAAUGUCCAAGCUAAAGCCUUACUUCCUUACAGAUGGAACAGGCACCGUUACCCCAGCUAAUGCUUCAGGAAUCAAUGAUGGUGCUGCUGCGGUGGUCCUCAUGAAGAAGUCUGAAGCUGUCAGUCGUGGGUUGACACCUUUAGCACACAUAGUUUCCUGGUCACAAGUUGGUGUAGACCCAUCCAUCAUGGGAACAGGACCAAUUCCAGCAAUAAAGCAAGCUGUUGCAAAAGCAGGUUGGUCACUGGAGGAUGUUGAUGUAUUUGAAAUCAAUGAAGCCUUUGCAGUCGUCUCUGUUGCAAUAGCUAAAGAACUGGGAUUAAAUCCAGAAAAGGUCAACAUUCAAGGAGGGGCAAUAGCCUUGGGCCACCCCCUUGGAGCAUCUGGCUGUCGGAUUCUUGUGACGCUGUUACACACACUGGAGAGAACCGGCGGAAGCCGUGGUGUUGCUGCGCUGUGCAUCGGAGGUGGGAUGGGAAUAGCAAUGUGUGUCCAGAGAGCCUGA